AUGGCUCAAAGAAAACAUGAAACCAUCGUCCCGUCGGCCAAGAUCCCGCCACCACAGAGAAAGCGCACUGGACUGAGCCUCGUCCACGAGGUCGUGCUCGUCUUUGUUCUAUGUCUCGCUCAGUUCCUCUCCCUGGCUGCAAUGAACCAGACUGUUGCUCCUAUGCUCAUACUUGCCAAGUACUUUGACAUCCAUGACUACGGGAACCUCAGCUGGUUCUCGGCAGCUUAUAGCAUGACUGUCGGGACUUUUAUACUUCCUUCUGGGCGACUCGGUGACAUACACGGCCACAAGCUCAUCGCGAUGAUAGGCUGGGCCUGGUUCAGUCUCUGGUCUCUAGUCUGCGGCUCAUGCGGCCCUACCAAUCUAAUAUGGUUCAGUGCUUGCCGAGCUUUUCAGGGUAUGGGUCCAGCACUGAUCAUUCCCAACGCUUUAGCCAUCAUCGGACGGACGUUCUCCAUCGGACUGAAACGGAACCUCGCUUUUGCUUGCUUUGGAGCAGCAGGGCCAACGGGAGCCGCGGCGGGCGCCAUUCUCUCCUCGCUUGUAGCCGAGAAACUCUCGUGGCACUGGUGCUUCUGGUUCCUGUCCAUGACCUGCGCCGUGUUGGUCAUGAUGUCGUGGUUCAUCAUUCCUCUGCCUUCUUCCGAGUCCCCUUCUGCCCGCAGCAGUGCAGAACUGACCACCUCCAUGGUGGCGGGGCGAGACCUUGAUCACAACACCAAGGCAGAAACCGAAGGCAGUCAGCAACAACAAGAGCCCACCUUCGACACACUCGGUGCCAUCACCGGUGUCACCGGCCUAGUCUUGGUCAACCUCGCCCUGAACCAAGCCCCUCUCGUCGGCUGGCACAUUCCAUACAUCCGCGCCCUCCUCGUCCUCGGCCUUCUCUCCCUCCUCGCUUUCGUCUGCGUCGAGCGGCGCUUCGCCACUCACCCCAUCGUCCCCCUCCGCGGCGGCAGCGGUCUCCAGCCCCACGCCGCCUUCGUCCUCGCCAUCGUCUUCACCGGCUGGUCCUCCCACGGCAUCUGGGUAUAUUACCUCUACAUCUUUCUCGAGCACUUGCGCGGGCACUCGGCCCUCUUCACCUCGUUCGAAACCUCCCCCGUCGCAGGCACAGGGAUCUUCUUUGCCUUGUUGACCGUCUACCUCUUACGGCGCGGCGUGUCCGUUUCGCUCAUCAUGUUUAUCGCCAUGUUCUUUUUCUUUCUGGGGACCUUACUCUUAGCGCUGACUCCACUGCACCAGACCUACUGGGCCAAUACCUUUGUCGCCGUGUUGCUCAUGCCGGGCGCUAUGAACUUGAGUUUUCCAGCGGCGACUAUCUUGUUGAGCGAACAGCUGCCGAGGGAGAAACAGGGGAUGGCGGCGAGUCUGGUGGCUACCGUGGUCAAUUAUAGUAUUAGCUGCGGGUUGGGGCUGGCGGGGAGUAUCCAUAAGCAUGCGCUGGUGAAGGCCGGGGAUCGCGCGGGGCUGGAGAGAAGCGGGAGGAAACCCGGGCCGGCACUGAGCCAGACGAGUGAGGUGUUGGUGGGCGUCAGGCUGGAGGGGAUGAGGAUGGCGGUUUGGUUGGGGGUGGCGUUGGCGGGGUUUGGGGUGGUGAUUGCCGGGGGGGUUUGGGGGGUGCAGCUGUUGGUGGCGAGGCACAGGAGGAGGAGGAGAAGCAGGGGGAAAAAGAUAAAGGAUCGUGGAGAAGGAGGGGACAAGGAACAGAAAAAAGGACAGCAGAAGGAAUUAGAAACGGCAAGUCAGGAUCUGGAGGUGGGAGUGGUGCACACCACGCGGGCAGGUGGAAGCACAAAAAGUGGAAGUAAGAAGAAGAAGCUGUCGCGGAAGGGGUCGGCGGCGACUACGGUGAGGACCAAGAAUGAGGGCUCUGGGGCGGUGGCGGAGGGAGAGAAGGGGAGAAGUACGAUGCGGGUUCAUGAGGAGGUGAAGAGUGUUUUGAAGACUGUGGACUUGGGGUUUCAGCCGCCGACGGGGGAAGCUGUGAGAAAGAAGAGCGGAAGAAGACAUGGAAACUCGACGCGAUCGACAGGGAGGAAUCAAAAUGGAUGA